UGACGUGUUUUUAGCCGCGGAGAGAAUAAAAAUAUGGCAAAAAUAAAAAAUUUAUCAAAUGUCCGUGAUUUCUUUUCUAUAACUCUCUCGUAAUCCACUUUUUGUCGACAAAAAGAGGAAAUUUUUUGUGUAAGAAUAGGUGGAAGGUGCUCUUGAAUUUGAUUCGGGGUGUUUCUAUUAUAUUUUUUAGCUGUUUAUACACCAGUGGCGCGCAGUGCACAGUGGGACAGCAAUGGUGGGCGCGUGAUUUUGAACAAAUUCGAGGUUUCGGGAGACUGCAAGAAGUGAAGGAGAUUGAGAAGGUGGAAUUAAAUCUGACGCCCCCCUCCCUCCACACUUUGUGGCACGUACAAAGCGGAGAAUGUUAGGUUAACUCUUUGGUCUGUCGAUUUUUUUGUGGAAAAAGCAAUGAAUAAUAAUUGUCAUAAAUAUAUCACUUGAUUUGAAGUUUUUGGUUAUGAUCGUAUAACUUUUAAAAGAUUUACAGUAGCAGAGAGCAAUGAUAUUGCUUAUCCAAUUUUGGUUUACGGAAAAUGGCGCGUUCGAGCAAUAAAUGGCGCUAAUGUCCCACAUCGUGGAUUCUACUCUCUGAAUUUCCCCCUAUUCCGAGAGUUUUUGUGGUUUUAGCAAAGGUUUUCAAGGAUUGGAGUUUAAUUUGGGUUGGAAGCGUAAUUUUUAAUAUUUGGGGCGAUUUUUCGACGACAGGAUAUCAAUUAAAAAAAUUCAGGACUAUUGACUCAUAUUAGACGAGAAGCCAGUGAACGACAGCUAAAAUGUCUUCGAAUAAAGCGACAGCGCCUCGUGCCCUAGUAGAGCCAAUAACAUUAGCUGAUAACGAACUAUCAGCCCUAAACGUUGCAAACAGCUCUGACCACUAUUCUACCUCGGAACUGGAGAGUUUCGUGAGCAUCGAAGCUGAUCUUGAAUGCAUGAAUGAAGAAGUGAUGACGACGGAGGAGAUAAUUAUCGAGAGAUCAGAGGACAAUCAGGUGAUUACACCAGACGUAGAGAUGACGGAUAUUUCAGAACAAGUCCAAAGUGAGCAGAUAAUUUACACAGCAGCGACUCAGACGAGCCAGAACUUGGUGUUCCAGACUAAACCUACCCUACAGAGAGUUCCCAUAUCAGCUGUUCAGGUGAAGGCCAAUGCAGCCCAGCCUUCGCAGAGCCAAUCAAUAAUGAUAGUAUCUCCAGCUGGGGGUUCAGGCACGAGUCAAAUACUGAAAAUUUCUCAUCCAGCAACAGCCUCUCGAGGGCAGAUACAGAGCUUAGCACAAUCAAUCAUUACUGCAAAAUCGGCUGAUGGAAAUAUUGUUCAUUUGAGAUCAGCACAGACGGGGAAGCCUCUUGUUGCAACAAGUCAAGCAGCCAAUAUUACAGUAAGUAAUAUUCAAGGGACCAAAAAUUCCCAGAUGACUGCCAAAAGACCGACCCAGGUGAUGCAUCAGAACAGAAAUGUCAUUACGAAGAUGUUUCUCUCUGGAAAUCAGUCUCAACCUGGGCAGGAGGUUAUCCUGACCCAGAGUCAGGAAGCAUCCCAGCCCCAGACCAUCAAGUUCCUGACGACCUCCAAUACUCAGGGUUUGAACAAUGCAGCCAAAACAAUCACGUUUGCUCAGGCCCAGCAAAUGGGUCUCAUUACAGGAGCAAACAAGGUGCAACAAAUACUUCCCUCGACUACUCAGAAGCAGCAGGGAAUUAUUCUCAAUAAAUCAGGUUUGGUAGUUCAAACGUCCACUUCACAACCACCGAAAUUGACCCUCAUACCUACAACUUCAGUUAAAUCGCCUGCUAAGAUUCUUCCUGCACCUACAGUUACCACUCAGGUACGGCAGACAACGAUUCCCAAUUCUCAAGUGACAUUCACAAAUACAAGCAAAAAUACAGUCCAGACAAGUCCUCAGAAGGUCAUCAUCAGACAAAGUGCAUUGAAACCUGGAACUGUUCUGGGAGGUGGUCAAGUGAUAAGAAUACCAGGCCAUCCAAUACAAAUGCCAGGAAGACAAGUGCAGUAUGUGAGAUUGGUCAGUACAGCUUCUUCACCGACUACCAAUGUCAUGACUGUGGGAAAACCCAAGCCCCAGACAAUUCAGGCGAUGGGGGUGACGCAGAAGAUCGGAGGACAGCAGCAGAUAGUCAAGGUCGUUCCUUUAAAUACUACGACAAAUCAGCCGUUAAGAACCGUUGUCCCAAAAACAACUGUGUCAGCGGGAAAUCAAAGACUUUUGAUACCAGCACCAACGACUACGGGUGGCCCAACAAAGAAUGCUGUGGCCAUUCCGGCAUCAGCAUUGAGCCAACUGGCAUCUGGACAGGCUGUUAUUUCCACUAAUUCAAAUGUUAGUAAUAUUGUCGUUCUGCCGGCUCAAUAUAUUCAACAGCAAAGUGAAGAACCAAAAGCGAAAUCCACUCCUUCAACCCCAACUCUCCUUAGUACUGCUCAAAGUACUAGUGGAAAUUUAUCAAAUUCAUCUGCAGAUCCAUCAACACCAAAAGCUUCACAAAAAAGUAUUGCAACCACUGAAGCUAAUGGGAUUCGCCCCCGAAAACCAUGCAACUGUACAAAGUCUCAAUGUCUUAAACUAUACUGCGAUUGCUUUGCUAAUGGUGAAUUCUGUCAUAUGUGUAACUGCAAUAAUUGUUCUAAUAAUCUGGGGAAUGAAGAGGAAAGACAGAGGGCCAUUAAGACAUGUCUGGAACGCAAUCCCAAUGCCUUUCGUCCGAAAAUUGGAAAGGGAAGAGAGACUGGGGAUGAUAUACGAAGACACAACAAGGGCUGCAACUGCAAGCGCAGUGGCUGUUUAAAAAAUUACUGCGAGUGUUAUGAGGCUAAGAUACCUUGUUCAGCAAACUGUAAAUGCAUAGGCUGUAGGAAUGUCGAGGAGCCGUCUAUUGAGAAAAAAUCACUGAAGGAUCUUGUUGAUGCUGCUGAAGUUACAACGACUCAUUUAAUGUUGAAUAAAUCGAAAACCCAACAAUUUUCCGCUAUGACAUUCCGACCUCCUGCUACCUCUAACACAGGACCAAGACAACCAUUCAAUUUCUUAACCGAUAAAGUCGUUGAGAUGACUUGUCAGUGUUUAAUGGCCCAGGCUGAAGAUGCUGAACGAUCUAUGCUGGAUGAAGACACCUCACAGAGACUGAUAAUCGAGGAGUUUGGACGCUGCCUCAAGGAAAUAAUCGAGUCUGCCUACGAAGCUGAAACCACUACCUAGUAGAGUAUUUAUUCCAGAGAUGUGAAGAGCACUGAAUCUUUGAUUGUAUAAAAUAAUUAUUUGCCUGAAUAUAAGAAAGUGGAGCAAAAAUUCAGACAGCAGUUAUGUCUUUUAGGGUGUACCUUCAGUUUAAAUGAGCAUAAUCAGAGAAUUGAUUAUUAUAUUAGUGGGCAUCUGUUUACACAUGAGUAAGAAGAUAAAAUUAAUUGUGUCGAAGUCACAGUUAUUUGACACAUAUAUAUAUAUAUAAAUUAAUAGUUCCAUUGAGCUGAAUACGUGAUUGAAAAAAAAUCCUGGAAUAUAACACGUAUUUUUUAUGAUAAUAUUUUAAUAAUUAUUAAUAAAAGAUCGACUAUUGAUUUAUCAUGCUAAGAGAACAUAAAUAUCAGAGUACAAUACCAAUUAUUUCAAUUCUUAAUCAGAAUAAUAAUAAUUGUGAAUAUAAAAAGGUGUAAAUGACAAAUGUACAUCAUUAAUUCUUUUCUGAGGGUUCUCAUUAACAGUGUUCAAUAAAUUCCAACUCUUAUUGUUUUCCA